AUGGUGGACAGGGAUUCAAGCGGAGCACACAUGUCAAUAGCAGCUUCUUCCAUGUUUCCUGGCUUUAGGUUUUGUCCCACUGACCAUGAGUUGAUCUCUUAUUACCUCAGAAAAAAAUUGGAUGGUGACGAGGACAGUGUUCAGAUCAUUUCCGAGCUUGAACUUUGCACCUUUGAGCCUUGGGAUUUGCCUGAAAAAUCGUUCAUUAAAUCAAACGAUGAGUGGUUUUUUUUCUCGCGACGAGGGAGAAAGUAUCCCAAUGGUUCACAAAAUAAAAGGGCAACUAAACAUGGGUAUUGGAAGGUCACAGGCAAUGAACGACAGAUAGAGUCCGGUAAAAAUGUGAUUGGUACCAGACGCACCUUGGUAUUCCAUGUCGGUCGAGCUCCUAAAAGCCAGAGAACUGAAUGGAUUAUUCAUGAGUACUGCAUCAAUGACAAAUUUCAGGAUUCUUUGGUGGUUUGUCGGCUCAAGAGAAACACAAAAUUCCAUGCGAGUGAUAGUUCUAACAAAGCUUCCCGCAAGAGUGGUGGUGGAGUCUCAGAAGGGGUUACAGUUCAAAGGAGCACUUGUGUGCCUAUUCAAGAACGUUCUAACAAAGCUUCACGCAAGAGUAGUGCUUCACGCAAGAGUAGUUGUGGAGUCUCGGAAGAGGUUACAGUUCAAAGGAGCACUUGUGUGCCUAUUCAAGAUCGUUCUAACAAAGCUUCACGCAAGAGUAGUGCUUCACGCAAGAGUAGUUAUGGAGUUUCGAAAGGGGUUACGGUUCAAAGGAGCACUUGUGUGCCUAUUCAAGAUCGUUUUAACAAAGCUUCAUGCAAGAAUGGUUGUGGAGUCUCAGAAGGGGUUACAGUUCAAAGGAGCACUUGUGUGCCUAUACAAGAUAAAGAGGUUGGGUGUAGUUCCAAGAAGGGUAACAAUAAUAAUAGUUCUCCUUCUACUACUGCCCAAAUUGAAUCCAGUCGUAUAGUUGCCAAUGAAGCUAAUCCCAAAGCUUCUUCCGAUCAUUCUAAGGUGGUGGACGAAGUGGAUUAUUAUGCAGAGAUCAACUUAGUUGAUAUCAUCAACUUAGAUGAAACAGCACUCUGA